GUUGUACCUGUAUGUUCAUGUUUUAGCAGGUUUCUAUAAUGUAAGGCUAUGACCAUUUGUAUACUUAAUUAUUGAAGUAGUGGUAAAAAUCUGUGUAUAAAAGACAGAGGGAAUUCUCUAAUAUUCACCAGUCUUCAAGAUUUCAUCCCAGGACAAGAAGCUCAGUUCAACAGAAAUACUACCAAAAUAAAAUGUCGUACCGUACAAUUGCUUCAACUGAUUCAGAGAAUGAACAUUUUAGCGAAUCAAUUGAUAUAAGACCGUCUUUUUCAAAAACAAAACCUGGAUCAAAACGUUCUGCAGAAAAAACAAUUGUUAAAAAACCUAUGAAAAAGAAGCAUAAUAAAAUGAAUGCAUCAUACAGAGAUAAUAUCAGCGAACGCUUGAGAUCAGAAGAUUUUGAUGUUGAAGUAUUUAAUUCGCUAACAUUCAGACAAGGAGAUGGCGUUGUGACAAUAAACACGCCUUUUGAAGAAAAAGGAAAGGAUCUUUGGGUGCUAAGUCAUUAUAAGGUUACUAACAUCGAGAAUGUACCAGUAAAGGACAGAUGGAAGUUCAGUGAAGCUACUGUUAGAUUGUACACGACCGACGAAUCAAAAGAUCAAACACUUCAUACUGGUCUUAAUGAGACAAUGCAAAUUAUAUUUGAUAAAUUACUAACCGAUCCAAAGCGUCAAACUAUUAAAAGCAAGACGGUUGUUUGAUUAUUAUACGGAAAAAUGAGUUUCAUUUAAUAAAACAAAAUAUUAUUAUA